AUGGCAGGUGGAGCUAUGUUUAGCAUUUGGCGCGCUAUCUUCGUGAUGAGUUUUAUGUGGGGCUGGUAUUGCUGUAUGGCUGAGGAGGGAACUGCCACUUUUAAUACUCCUCCAUAUGUCCCGUCGUCGUGCUAUGGAUACGACCCCUCGCAAUUUCCAGUGGGAGAUUUGUUUGCGGCGGCAAGUGAUGCAUUCUGGGACAACGGAGGCGCCUGUGGAUGUCAUUACAGAGUGAGUUGCACUGGCGGGACAAAUGAGGGCGUUCCCGUGCCGUGUAAGAGGGGAUCCAUUGUGGUGAAGAUUGCUGAUUAUUGCCCCUCCGGAUGCGCUGGCACCAUCGAUUUAUCUCAAGCUGUCUUCGCUGAUAUCGCCGAUCCUGAUGAAGGCAAAAUUAAAAUCAACUAUGAACAGUAA